UCUCUGGGGUCCUCAGCACACGGUUUUGUUUACAACCACGUCACCCGGAAAUGCAUCCUGGAGUGUCAAAAUGCACGGACAGGACUCCCAUGAUGCCCCUCUUUUUGGGGAGGAAGACGAUAAUAUCGUGUCAUCAAAGUCACAACUAAGACAUCCGGUGGUUUCAUUCUUCCAUCUCUUCUUCCGUACAAGUGCCAUCGUGGUGUAUUUACUGUGUGAUCUCCUCAGUGGUCGUUUUAUCGCCUGUAUGGUCACCAUCAUCCUCCUGCUGUCAUGUGACUUCUGGACAGUCAAGAAUGUGUCUGGCAGAUUGCUUGUGGGCCUUCGCUGGUGGAAUCAAGUUGAUGAAAAUGGAAACAGCCACUGGGUUUUUGAGUCCAGGAAGACACAGAGUCUGAAAACAACAUCCAGUGCGGAGUCACGGAUCUUCUGGCUCGGACUCAUCAUCUGCCCCAUCUUCUGGGUCAUUUUUGUGUUCAGUACCAUCUUCUCUUUCAGGCUCAAAUGGCUGGCUGUAGUGAUCAUGGGCUUGGUUUUGCAGUGGGCCAACCUGUACGGAUAUGUCAGAUGUAAGGUGGGCGGAAAGUCCAACCUUGGGAACAUGGCGAGGAACUAUCUCAGUGCUCAGCUUUUUAAACAGGCAAUGACUAAAGCAGAGGAACCUUGAAGUUGAUGGAGUACAUUUUAAGUCAUAGAUUUCUUAGGGAAUGAGUGGCUUUUCUGAGGUGAUAGUGGUGUUUCAAAUUCAGUUACCUCUUUUAUUUAACACAUCUGGGAUGUGUUUUCCUCUGUAUUUCUGCCAGAUGUUUUAAUAAAUACUAAAAGUUCAAAUUAA